AUGGCAAAUUUAGCAAACUUAAAUGGUGUCACUGAGACCCUGCCAGCCAUACCAAAGCUUACCAAUGCGCAGAAACCCCGAAAAAGGAUGAAAUUAACUGGAUUUCUAGGCAAGAAACCAGUUAAUCUUCAAGAGAAAUCAUUUCAAACUACAAGAAGACUAGCAUUAGGCCUUGCUUCAAUAGCUCUUAUUGGAAAUUCCAGUACUGGUUUCUCUCUCGCGGAGGAUAAUUGGUGGGCUCGUGACAUCCCUUUACCUGUGCCUUCUGUGGAGAAUAAACUUGCAAAUGAGGAGACAGGCACCCGUUCUUUUCUGAAGAAGGGAAUUUACAUGGCAAAUGUUGGAUUAGAAGGGAGCGCACGCAGGGUAAAGAGAUAUGCCUUUGAUCUCUUGGCUCUGGAGGAUUUGAUAGGACCAGACACCCUGAACUAUGUCAGGAAGUAUUUGAGAAUCAAGUCCACCUUCAUGUACUAUGAUUUGGACAAGAUUAUCUCUGCAGUUCCAGUCAAUGAUAAGCAACCUCUUACCAAUCUGGCUAACAGAUUGUUCGACAAUUUUGAAAAGCUUGAAGAUGCAUCAAAGAGGAAAAACCUGUCUGAUACAGAAUCAAGUUAUCGAGACACAAAAGUACUUCUGCAAGAGGUCAUGCAACAGAAUCCAAUUGAUCUGAAGAGCAAAUUUACCUAUUACCCGGAAGGACUUAAAAGUUAG